AACACAACUUGGAUCGAAUCCAGUCUUCUCCAUUUCAACGGACCUUCGGCAAGGUCCCAUUGUUUUCAACCGAAACAGAAAGUAACGUAAAUAAUGUACUUGGAGUAGUAUGCAGGUGCACCAGUUUUGUAAAAUCUGUACUACUUGUGAGCUUGUAUUAUAUAUAUAUCGUUUGUUCGUUCUUGGUUCGAGUUUAAUUUCCAUCGCUUUCGUUUACAACUUAGCUCUUCGAUUCUUGGAGAGGCGGAUAAAGGAAGUGAGCAUUUUAGCACUGUUGCAUACAUAUCACUAUAUCAGUUGGUUAUUAUUAGAUUACUUACUGUGUGGCUUUCAAUGAAGCUCCCACUAGAAAAUGCUAGGGUGGUUAGAUGUGGUCACCUUACUAUUGUGAUUAAAUACAACUAUGCAAGUGGAAGUUGUUAACUGCAUUAACUCAAGUAGUUUGUGUUUGAAGAUCAACAACUUCACAACAACUAAGUCUAUAAUGUUGGUUUGCAAUUUAAUUAGUACAUCAUACUCGAAUUAAUGAUGAUACGAAUUUUAUUUUGAGUACCCAUCAUUGUUCUCCGUAAGUUUUUUAUUAUACUUAGUAAAUUAUGAGUGUGUAUAUUUUCCGCCAAAAAAUUAAUGGCCGAACAUGAUUAAAGUACUGUAGUAAAAAUCAAAAUGUAACAUCAAUUGAACCCGCUCAUAGUGUUUUAGUGAGCAUAUGAGUGCGUGUGAAGCUAUGUUAGAGAGAUUGUUUAAACAAAGAUUGGUUACAAAAAGACGUUAAGAGCAAAUUGAGCACACAUUAUAUUACUUUGACUCAAACGUUUGGUAAAGUUAGCUACAUCAAACUUUGAUUCCAGAAAUAUUACUAUAUAUGCAGGUCAGAGUAGCAAAAUGCAGACAAAAAAUACAGCACAGAAAUAUUAUACUAUACUCAAUCUCAAGCCCAAGAACCAAGAACCAAAGCAAAUCCCAUCAACAAUGGAGUUUGGUUUGAAUUCAUACAUAUAAGACAUGUAAAACAUUACAAAACAUAAUUACUUUCUUCUAAAAUAUGUCAAUUGGUAAUUACUUAUAUUAGUUAUAUACAUAGCAUAAAGAUCUUAACAUUGAAAUUCCAAUUAACUUCUUACCAUUUUUUAAACUGUAAUGGCCUUCAUGAAACUACUUUUGGUAAUUUUGAUUGUAAUGAAUUGCAUCGAAAUCUCGAGCCAAAAUCUUCUGCUUGACUAUUACAAGGAAUCCUGCCCUUUAUUGGAAGAGAUUGUGAGGUACGUUGUGAAGACUAAAGUGCUAAGGGAGCCUCGAGUAGCGGCUCAAUUACUGAGGCUGCAUUUCCAUGAUUGUUUUGUGCAGGGAUGUGAUGGAUCGGUAUUGUUGGACAGCAAUGGUGGGAUUGUUAGCGAAAAGGGAGCAAAACCAAACAAGGAUUCACUCAGAGGUUUUGAGGUCAUUGAUGAUAUUAAGUCUGCAGUAGAAAAAGCGUGUCCAUGGACAGUCUCUUGUGCUGAUAUUGUUGCCAUUGCUGCUCGUGAUUCUGUUGUUCUGAGAGGAGGGCCAUCGUGGGAAGUUUGGCUUGGCAGAAGAGACUCCUUAACAGCUAGCUUUGAUGGUGCAAACAAGUUCAUCCCAACUCCAAACUUAUCACUAGAUGCUCUCAUUGCCAAUUUUAAGCAACAAGGUUUGGACACCAAAGACUUGGUCGCGUUAUCAGGAAGCCAUACUAUGGGGGUGGCAAGAUGUGUAAGUUUCAGGCAAAGGAUCUAUGACGCUGGUUUUCAAGAAAACAUCUACGAAAGGUUUUCAAGCUUCCAGGAAACCCUGAGUUCAAUAUGCCCAAGAUCAGGGAAUGAUAAUGUGCUAACACCCCUUGAUUAUAGUACACCAACAUUUUUCGAUAACCAUUACUACGAAAACUUGGCUGAAUCAAAGGGACUGUUACACUCAGAUAAUGUGCUAGUCCUUGAAGACGAAGGUGGAGAUAUACAACAGAGAGUUUGGGCAUACGCCUCUAACAGAGAGUUUUUCUUUGAUUCUUUUGCUAGUUCAAUGAUUAAGAUGGGCAAUAUUAAUGUGUUAACAGGGGAAAAGGGUGAAAUUAGGAAGAAUUGUAGAUUUGUGAAUGCUUGAAUACAAUAUACUCAAUACUUAAAAAGUCCAUGAAACAAUUUUUCUAUCUUCUGAA